AUGACUUCAGAAUUGCCUACCAAGGACCAGCUGUACCAACAGGAUGUGGAUGGUCGUCCCAUCACUCAGACGGAAGCGUCUGCCGUCGGGUCAGACGCAGGCGGUUCGGCAGUCACUGCGCAGAGCUCAUACGACAAGCAACAGAACCUCGUCGACAGGGCUGGCGAGGUUGCAAGCAAAUACCCUGCGGAGAUCACAAAGGACGAUGCAGCUGAGGUGCAAAAGGCAGAGGCACAACUGCUGGGAGAGCGUCCCGGCAAAGACUCUACAUGGGCCAAAGUGCAGUCUAUCGCUGAUCAAAAUGCUGCCUCGAUAGAGCAGAAAAAGUGA